AUGGUGCCAAGAAAUGAACCACAGCCGUCUGCAUGCGAAUCAGCCCUCUCUUUGGCCCCAACAGAUGCGGAUCUGUCAAGAACGAGCUUUGAGGUGAAGGGGACUCUGCCCACUAAAAUGCAGUCAGGUACACCUGAGACACAAGUCCUUUAUCGAAUUGUCCUUAUUCACUGCAUAGAUAAGGAAUCCAAGCUGGGACUGAAAGAUCUGAGUAGGGGUCAGGCUUGCGUAGAACAAGACAAACUGGGUCAAGCAUUCGAAGAUGCUUUUGAAGUACUGAAGCAACAUUCAGCUGCAGAUCUCCAAUACUCCCCAGAAUACAAAAACUACUUGGCUCUCCUCAACCACCACUCACACGUGCGAGGAAAUCCCAGCUUCUACCCCAUAUCGCCCGCAGAGGAGCCUUGUCACACUUGGAGAACAGUGCUCAACAGCACUGCAGACCUCUACCUUGACGGAAGUAUUCCCCAGUCUCUGCCUGACAGCCCUGAGCACCAGUUGGCACAACCUGCCGUUUUCCAGCAAAAGGGAGGGAAAGGCCGGAAGAAGCUCCGACUGUUUGAAUAUCUGCACGAGUCCCUGAGUAACCCCGAGAUGGCGUCUUGCAUUCAGUGGGUAGAUAAGACCAAAGGCAUCUUUCAGUUUAUCUCCAAAAACAAAGAGAAACUGGCCCAGCUGUGGGGAAAAAGAAAAGGCAACCGGAAAACCAUGACUUACCAGAAAAUGGCCAGAGCCCUAAGGAAUUACGGGAGAACGGGAGAAAUCACCAAAAUCCGGAGAAAGCUGACUUACCAGUUCAGCGAGACUAUUCUCCACAGACUCUCGCCGUCUUACAUCCUGGAGAAGGAGUUCCUCUACUCACAGUAUGUCCAACCUGACCAGGAAUAUGUCUCUUUCCACCCCUGGAACAUAAAUUAUAAUUAUGCAUCUGCCAGUCACCACGAGCUAAAUCAUUCCAAUUGCCCCGUGUACCCUUAUAUGACCUCAUUUCCUGGGAUCAGAGAUGCUGACACAUUUUAA